GUGACGUUUCCGAGGCGAUUCGAUAAAAAAUUUUCCUUCUUUUCGGAAGAACUUAUUUUAAUAUUUUCAAUAUUAAAUAGGCUUUUCCAAAAAUCGCAUAGCAAAUUAUAUUAAGUGCAUGCUAUAGUCCAAAAGAAAUCGAAUUAGAAAAUACAUACAAAGGUGAAGAAAAGAAUUUUUCUUCAUUUAAUAAUAUAAGAGGAGGAGCGAAAGAAAAACCAUCACAAGUCACAGAGCUCACACUUAGAAACUUAUUAGUUGCAAUCUGAAGUAGCGGCACAAGCUGUUCCCCAAUACUCUACGGAGCGGAAGUGAAUAGUUGACGACCCCAAAAGCGCUACCACAUCAUACAUCUCAAGUGAAAAGUCAGAAAGAAGGGAGGACUCGCGAAAAAUGAGUGCUGCUGUUGACCCGUGGGUAAUAACCCAACGGGAAAAAGUCAAGUACCAGGAGCAGUUCAAGGCGCUGCAGCCACAAAAUGGAUAUGUCUCCGGUUCGCAAGCGAAAGGUUUCUUUUUGCAAUCACAACUGCCUCCGCUUAUCUUGGGUCAGAUAUGGGCUCUUGCCGAUACUGAUUCUGAUGGAAGAAUGAACAUCAAUGAAUUCAGCAUAGCAUGUAAGCUAAUUUAUUUGAAACUUCGCGGGCUCGAAAUUCCAAAAGCCCUUCCACCAACUUUACUGGCAUCUUUAUCAUCAGCCGUUGGAACUCCAUCAAUAACACCCACUGGGAGUCUAAGUCCUCUAGAUCAAGUAAAAUCGAUAGCUUCGCCACUACCUAUGCAGGCAGCAGUAGCUGGAAUUCCCAUUAAUCCGGCACAGGUAGUAGCACCAGCAAUGCCAACAAUGAUGCCAGUUAUGACUGCACCAGGAAUUGCUCCAGUUGUACCUGGAGUUCCAGUUGUUCCUGGAGUCUUGCCAGCCAUGAUACCAGGGCAAGGAGCAAUUCCAGCUAAUAUGCAUGUCGCCGCAGGAAUGCCAAUAGCACAACAACAAGUAACAACUAUUCCUCCACUUAUUGCACCAGCACCUGGUGGUGUUGUUCGUGGAAUUGUACCAGUGGUAGCUGGACCACAAAUAAUUCCAGGAAAAAUCACGUCGCCACCCACCGCAGACACAAGUGUGUUGCCAGCACCACCAACGCCUCCGCAAAGUAAUCCACCAUCUAGACACAUGUCAAUAUCUGAGAGAGCACCAUCAAUUGAGUCACCACAAGUUGAUUGGGCCAUAAAAGGGCCAGCCAAACUUAAAUACACUCAAGUCUUCAAUUCAACAGAUCGUUCACGUUCUGGAUACUUGACAGGCGUUCAAGCACGUGGCAUUUUAGUACAGAGUAAAUUAUCUCAAGCAGUUCUCGCUCAAAUAUGGACAUUAUCCGAUUUAGACUGUGAUGGUCGUCUUAGUUGUGAAGAAUUCAUUUUAGCAAUGUAUUUGUGUGACAAGGCAAUGUCUGGAGAGAAGAUUCCAGUUACACUGCCUCCAGAUUUGAUUCCGCCUAGUUUUAGAAAAGUCGCCUCAAGACAUGGCUCAGUUUCGGGAUCACGACAGGGAUCUUUACCUGGGUCGCGUCAUGCUUCCAUUUCUUCACAAGGAGCUGUAGACCCAGAUCCUUUGGCUGGAUUACCACAAACAUCAUUUGAAGAUAAGCGUAAAGAAAACUUUGACAAGGGUCAAGCUGAAUUAGAGCGGCGACGUAAGCUGCUUAUGGAGCAACAAAGAAAAGAGCACGAAGAGCGUGAACGAAAAGAGCGCGAGGAAAUUGAAAAAAGAGAAAAAGCUCGCCUCGAAGCAGAAAAGAAACAACAAGAAGAGCUCGAAAGACAGUUGCAAAAGCAACGUGAAAUCGAAAUGGAAAAAGAAGAGCAACGCAAAAGAACUUUGGAAGCUAAAGAAGCAGCACGAAAGGAACUUGAAAAGCAACGUCAACAAGAAUGGGAACAACAACGAAUUGCUGAAAUGCAAGCACAAAAAGAACGAGAGCAAGAAAAGGUUCUUAAACAAAAAGCUCACAAUCAAACUCUUAAUGUGGAAUUAAGCACUCUAAAUGAAAAGAUUAAAGAUUUAUCACAAAAAAUAUGUGAUACACGAGCUGGUGUAACUAAUGUUAAAUCUAUAAUCGAUGGCAUGCGAUCGACUAGAGAUACACAAAUGUCGGAAAUGAGUCAGCUUAAAGCUAGGAUAAAAGAGCAAAAUCAAAAAUUGUUACAGCUAACCCAGGAAAGGGCUAAAUGGGAUGCAAAGACAAAAUCAGGACAAUACACAGAGGCAGCACAUCAAGAACAAAUGAAUGCUGCCUUUGCAAAUAAACAAAUUAAUAUCAAGGCGUUAAAAGGAAAGCUCGAAAAUAUUUGCCAGGAAAUUGAGUCCAAAAAGGAAGAUAUCAAUUCGAAUGAUAUUCAACUAACAGAAACAAAGGCUGAGCUGACAGAACUAAUAACCAAGUUUGAGGAAUUGUACACUAAUUAUGACAAACAGCGAAAUCAAGUGCUCGAAAUGAAGCACAAUAAGCGAAACGAAACUUAUUCAACGUCGAAUGCAUGGGAUGCCGCACCAACAUCUGCAUGGGGCGCGACAGAUACCAUUGAAGAACAAACUGUGGCAUCUGUUGUUGAUACAUCGGCACCAGCUCCAGAAGGAUUUGUUAAAUAUCGCGCGAUCUAUGAAUUUAGUGCUCGAAAUUCAGAUGAAAUUUCAUUUGUACCCGGUGACAUUGUAUUGGUGCCGUUGGAACAGAAUGCCGAACCUGGUUGGUUGGCUGGUGAGAUAAAUGGACAUACCGGGUGGUUCCCAGAGACAUAUGUGGAGAAACUUGACAUAGUCGAAACAUCUGUCCCUAUUUCUAGUUAUAAUGCUCAGGACACAUUCAAUGACAAUAACCAACAGUUUAGUAAUUAUCCUGCCUCAACGACAAUAGAGCCCGAAGAAAUUAAAACAGAACCAGCAGUUGAAACUUACAACGGUGAUGUAGAAUAUUACAUCGCAGCGUAUCCUUAUGAAUCAGCCGAGGCUGGAGACUUGAGCUUCACAGCUGGCGAAAUGAUAAUAGUUACGAAAAAGGAAGGUGAUUGGUGGACAGGAACAAUAGGUAGCAGAACAGGAAUGUUCCCAUCGAAUUAUGUACAAAAGGCUGACGUUGGAACGACCGCAGCAACAGAAGUAACAACUGCGGCGGCUACAAUUGACUCCUACAUUGAAGAACAACAAAGGGAUAAUAACGUAAAUGGUAACGCUCAAGCCGAACAACUAAAAGAUAUUCCAGAAGAACCCGUACAACAACAAGAAAAACUGACCAGCGAGUACUCGUCUGAACAAAUUGUUGCAAACAAUAUUGAUUCGAAGCAACAGAUGCCUGCUGCUGUUGCAGCCACAACUCAUGAUGCAACUGCCACUGAUGAGUCCCGAACACAAGAAGAACUUGAUACGGAGGUCUCUCAGAUAAAUACACAGCAAAAGAGUAUUGAGCAUUCGGAUUCGUUUAGUCGACCCAUGUCAAGAACAUCAUCCAUGACACCUGGAAUGCGAGCCAAACGAGGUGAAAUCGCACAAGUUAUUGCUCCAUAUGAGGCAACAAGCAAUGAACAACUUUCAUUGCAACGAGGCCAGCUUAUUAUGGUGCGCAAGAAAACUGACUCCGGCUGGUGGGAAGGUGAAUUGCAAGCAAAGGGACGACGACGUCAAAUCGGUUGGUUCCCAGCGUCUUAUGUUAAAAUUCUUCAAGGCGGACGUAACAGUGGCCGUAAUACACCUGUGUCUGGAAGUCGUGUUGAAAUGGCUGAAACUAUUCUAGACAAAGUCAUAGCCUUGUAUGCUUAUAAAGCGCAAAAUGACGAUGAGCUUUCAUUUGACAAAGAUGAUAUAAUUAGUGUGCUAGGCAGAGAUGAGCCUGAUUGGUGGCGCGGUGAAUUGAACGGAUUGUCUGGGCUGUUCCCCAGCAACUAUGUAGGACCAUUUGUUUCAUCGGGUAACGUAUAACGAGUAUAUGGUUAAGGAUUUAUUAAUCAACAGCAGCGUAUUAAAAAAUUGAAUUCAUAAUGUUGUUACGGUAGUAAAAUUGAAAAUAAUAAUUAAAACAAACAAUUAAAAACACUUAAAUAAGAAUUUAGUUAACGAAACUUUGCGUAGAUGUUCAGAUCGUAAAUUAUACUUUUUUCUUAAGUUGACAAUAUAAACUUUAUUAAAAAUUAAAGAAAAGAACAAUAAUAAAAUGAUAUUCGAAAGCAAAUACAUAUUUUAAAAACGUAGUUCAAUUGUUUUAUGUUAAAAAAAUUAUAGAAAUUGAAAACAAAUUUAUAUUAAAACACAGUUUCUUAUUUUUUAAAACAAAUUAAAAUAAAAAAUUAAACAAAAAAAAAUAUGAUGUUAACUAAAAGUAUUAAAACAUACAUAUGUAUGAAAUUAAUUAAAAAAAUGUAAUGUAUUAGAUUUAUUCCCAUAUUAUGUUUAUCAAAAUUAAAUAAUAUCCAAUAGGACCUCCUUGUUCCAUGUAAUCAUCAGUCUUAUUGUACAUGUUUGGACUUUUAAAGGCGACGACAUGUUUAUCCAGUAAUUACCUCAUUAUGAGAACAAUUUUAUCCAUAAACCUUCAUGUUAUAGAACAAAAAAAAAAACCAAUUCGCACAAUUAUAUUAUAAGAUCAUUAUACGUUGCUUAGUUUUUGAGCUUAAAUGAUUCUUUAAAUCUGCUUCUGCUUCCAAGAAGGGUAUUGUCGUAUAAUAGAUGCACACACGUCAAUUUUGACUAUGCAGCAUGCACUCUGUGGUAUAGGGUGGGGAAUUAAGUAAGAAACAAGUAAGCAAUCGCCGAAAAGACAAUACCUAAAGCCCCUGCCCAUGUCAACAAGAACAUGACUGCGCCUUGAAAUCAUCAAGAAAACGAAUACAAAUUAACUUAUAGCCUCAGGAUUUCUUCAUGGUGUUCCAAAUCAAGGGACUUUUCAUACUAAUUUAGUGACACACUAUGCAGGUUUUUGUCAAGCUGAUUUUGACUUCUCGCAUAUUUAUUUGUAUUCCAAUUUCCGAAAUUCGUCCAACGAACUCUCGAGGGGUGUUGGAAUAUCCACUUCAAGUAUGGUAGGUCCCUUAACAUAAAACAAAAAUGUAGGAUUUCAAAAAGAAGCUCCAUAUGAACUUAAGCGUCAUCUACUUGAUAGAAUGUAAAUUGUUUUCUUUGGGUUGAAAUUGGAAGCCGAAAAUAUAAUCGUAUUGUUUUCGAAUUGUGCUAUCAAAAAAAAACCAAGCUAAUUAUAAUUUUUCAAAUAAACAACUAUUACAAUUUCCAAUACCUAUUACCUUAAAACGAAACCUUAGAUGGAAAUAUUAAAUAAUAAAUACAUAAUAUGUAUAAUAUAAUUUUAUUCAAAUUUAAUACAGUGAAUACACAACAAGAAAAGGUUACAAAAAAAUAUAAAUGUCAAAAUUAAGUAAGAAAAAUUUAACAAACAAUAUGAAUUUAUUUGAUUUGUGUGUAUUAAAAAAAAAAAAAUACAGAAAACAUGUAUAAAAAUUUAAAAAAGCGUACAUACAUAAUUAUGCAUAUAAAAAGUAAAGUAUAAACAUACCAAUAUAUAUAUCAUACAACAAAAGUAUUAUUCAUGAAAAUUUUUAAAAUUUGCAGUUUCUAAUUAACAUGUUAUUUGUGUAUUUUCAAAUGAGUAAACUCAAUAUUAGUACACGUACCUUUGGGGCAUCAAUCGAAAACCCCAAAUCGCUAAUUUCUUACCUAUGAAUUCUUUUCAAAACUAACGUACAUUGUUCCAUAUGUACAUAUACGUCAUAGAUGUGAUGAAUAAAUAGGUAAUGUUAUUAAAAUAAACUCACGUGAAUGUUCAAGAACUCAAAACACAAAAAAAUAUCCAAAUGUAAACUCAUUUAUAAAUACACAAAUAUAUACUGUAUAUCAAUUUUAUAAAUGUAUGACAAAAUUAAAACAAAAUAAAUUUUAAAUAAAUAAAAAAGAAUUGACGUAUUAAAUGUGUUAUUUAUUACCUAUACAUUAAAUUAAAUACAAAUAUAUAUAUACGUUAUUAUGAACAAUUAUUGUUUAUACAUGAACAUUGUAAUUGGUUAUAAAAAAAAAACAAAACAUAAAUUAAAUCGAAUAAACAAUAUCAAUAAAAAUUAAUACAUAGAACACAAAUAUAAAGUAAGAUUUAAAAAACAAAAAAAUAAAACACUGUUAAUGUAUUAAACAACAACCAAAAUUGUUUUGUAAAUAGAAUAAAAAGCAUAUAAAUUCAUUGCAACAAGUUUUCAUUGUUUAACCUUUUAAUUAAUUUCAUUAAUGUACCUAUAAUUUUUAAGUGAAAUUUAAUAAUUUUCGUAGAUUUUUUUAAAGAUAAAAAUAUUUAUUAUUCGUUUUCACCAUUAUUUAUUAAUUUUUGGUUUUGUAUAUAAUAAAUAAAUAAAAAACACUUUGACCAUUCACAAACAAAAAUCCAUGUGUAUUUAAAUAUUGCGUCGCCUUAUAAUCGUAUAAAAUAAUCUCAAUACAAACAAAAAUAAUUAUACAUUAAUGUGUGUAUAUGAAUCGCUUUUUAUUGUAUGUAAUAUAUAAAUAAAGAUUAUUUGAUUAACAUAUUAAACAAAUUUAGACAUUACAUCACAUUUUGUCAUUUGAAACGCCUUCUUCUUGACAAUUCUGCGACGCUUAUUUUAAAUUAUAUUGAAGGUCUCUACAAACAAGAAAAAUAAAAACAAAA